AUGUCUGAGAAAAACAAGAACAAGAAUGCUACGUUUUCGUUGAAAGUGAUGAUCAAUAGAGAGAAAUCUAAGGUGCUCUUUGCAGAAGCAGACAGCCAUUUUGUAGACAUUUUGUUGAGCUUCUUGACUUUGCCGUUGGGAAGAAUUGUGAAAGUCCUCGAGAAGCACUAUGGAGAUGAGGCACCUACCAUUGGAAGCUUAAGCAGUUUGUACCGAAGCGUAGCCAAUCUUGAAGUUGGCUCCCAUUUUGUGACUGAGGGUGCUAAGCAGGCUCUGCUCAAUCCAACUAGUUCAUUCGAAGAUGAGUACGCGGGGCUGAAACUCGAUAUCACUGAUUUUCAACCUGCUCAAUAUUUUUCUUGUAGCGUUCACUCUAAAAGAUUUCGUAGUGUCAGCAUUUACUAUGAUACUGCCUAUUGCCCUAUUUCGAACUGUUAUCGUAAGUUGGAGAAAAAAGGGCUUAAAGCUGCUUCUACAGAUGGAGUUUUCACCAUACAUACAGCAUCAUUCAUAAUCUCUGAUGAUCUGCAGAUACUGCCAAACGAGACGGGGAUUGUAGGUAUCGUCGUCUCUCUUGGCAUUACAGACAUGGAUAAGGCUGAGCUUAUCAAUGUGGAUUUAGGGUUCAAUGAGAUUAUGAACUUGUUGAUGACAUCCUUGACGUCCCCAACUCCACUGUCGGAUGUCAUCCUAAAUAAAACAAGACAGAUCAACACUUCAAUCUUGGAAUCUCCACCACUACUGCAGAAUGUUGCAAUGGAAGAAAAUCCCAACUCUAAGAAUUUAAGUUUGAAAGUGAUGAUACAGAAAUCUACUGGUAAGUUUUUGUAUGCUCAAGCUAAGGAAGAGUUUAUAGAGUUUCUAUUUGGUCUCCUUCAUAUCCCACUAGGUGGAGCUGAGUACGUUUUUGCCGGCAAGACUUGUUUUAAGGCUAUAGACAACUUGUAUCGGAGCUCAGCUGAUCUUAUUGACAAGUAUUUCAAGAGCCCGGAUACGAAAAACAGGCUAAUGAAACCCAAUCUGGUUCAUGGUUGUAUUUCUGGAAAAUACAUUUUCCCCCUCACUGAAGAAUGCUUGCCUGCUGAUCACUACAUUGAUGAUAUAGAUUGGUUUUCUUCUAUUAAGUUUCCCAAUGGCAAGGGAAGUUAUCUUACGGGGCCUCAAAUUUAUCACGUGGCGGAUGAUUUAACUGUUACACCUUUAUGUAUUGUCUCCAUUUUUUCCUCUCUCAAAGAGCAGAAAAUCCCGAUAUCUGAUGUCAAAGAAGUGGAGCUCGAAAUUGGGUUGAAAGAGGCUUUGGGCAUACUGAAAGCCUCUCUUACAUCCACUUCUGCUCUUUCUGAUGCUCUAUUGAGUCACAUAUCAAUCAAACAACCAAAGAGAGAAGUCUGAGUGUGAUCCAUGCUUUUAGAUCUUCUUUUGCUGCUCAUAAAUGUGACAUUGUUGGCUUAAAUUCAUAGCUUUGCAUUGUGCUUUUAUGUUGUUUUAACUAUGGUUCUUGUUUUUCCAGUCAUCAUUUUAAAACUAUUUCACUUUUUGUAUGCUCAAAUUGUUCGUUUCACAAUGUAAUUUCAUAAUUUAAUCACUAUUU